AAGAAGCAUCCAAGUGGGCGGGGCGUGAGAGCUGGUAGACGGUUAAAAGGUUCAUUUAUCAGUGCUGCCAAAGUGCUACCUGGCAGUUGGGCUUCAGGCUGAGUGAAUUGUCCUUGUAACAGCUCUCUGGAUCUCCUGAGUGGAUCUCCAUCAUCUUCCUACAAUGGCAGCAAUUGGAAAACGUGGCACCGUGACUGAAGCGGCCGGUUUCAACGCCGACGCCGAUGCCCAGAAGCUGAAAGACGCCAUGAAGGGAGCCGGGACGAACGAGGCAGUGAUCAUUGAUGUCAUUGCGCAUCGUACCAUUGCCCAGAGGCAGCAAAUCAAAGAGGCCUACAAACGAACCGUAGGAAAGGAUCUGGCUCAUGAUCUGUCCUCGGAGCUGAGUGGAAACUUCAGGAGCGUCGUCCUGGGUCUGCUGAUGUUGGCGCCUGUCUAUGAUGCACACGAGCUGAAAAAUGCAAUAAAGGGAGCUGGAACCGAAGAGGCCUGCCUCAUCGACAUUCUGGCCUCAAGAAGCAACAAUGAAAUAAAAGUCAUCAAUACGGUCUACAAGACAGAAUUUGGGAAGAGCCUGGAGGAUGACAUUUGUGGCGACACAUCUGGAAUGUUUAAAAGAGUUUUGGUCUCUUUACUCACGGCUGGGCGAGAUGAGAGCGACACCGUGAACGAGGCCCAGGCCGUUCAGGAUGCGAAAGAAAUCUAUGAGGCCGGAGAGGCUCGUUGGGGCACAGAUGAAGUUAAAUUCCUGACCGUUUUGUGUGUUAGGAACCAAAAACAUCUGCUUCGAGUUUUUGAAGAGUAUCAGAAGAUUUCUGGGAAAGACAUCGAGGAAAGCAUCAAGCGAGAGAUGUCCGGCUGCUUGGAAGACGUCUUCCUGGCUAUAGUGAAAUGCAUCCGGAACAAGCCAGCGUUUUUUGCUGAGCGCUUAUACAAAUCAAUGAAGGGGCUGGGCACCACGGACAGCGUCCUCAUCAGAAUAAUGGUCGCCAGGGCUGAAAUCGACAUGCUGGACAUUAAGGCUCAGUUCCUGAAGAUGUAUGGAAAGACUCUGCACUCCUUCAUCAAGGGAGACACAUCUGGUGAUUACCGCAAGAUCCUGCUGGUGCUCUGUGGAGGCGAAUAGAAAAGAAAAAAUCAAAACAAACAUUCAGUCAUCUCUGGGUUAAUUGACCCACAUCAUGUUUUAGUUGAUUCCUCUGUGCCGUUCUUGUUUUAUUAAUGAACACAGUGCCUUGUUUUACAGUUUGUAAUACCAAUUAAACCAAAGACCAGUGAUCUUUUA